GCAUAAGUAAGAAAUUUUCCUUGUCAUAGUUCAACAUUGAAAUAAAGUAUCCUCGGAUUUGGAAUGCUCACCAAGAGUGGACCUGCAAUUUUACAGGAUGUAAAUCAACCGUUCAUCUCAUCUACACUCAUAAAAACUUUUUUCAGGCACUUCUGGAAGAUUGGUCUAACAAGUCAGUCCCUGACCUCUUCCAUUUUGUUCCUUACACUUGCCAUAUUAACUUAAUGAUCAAGGAAUUUGAACUGAUCACUGUUGUUAAUGAGCACAACUGGAUUGAUUGCUCAUCUCAGCAUCAAGAAAAUGCUCAUCUAGCUGUGUGUGGAGAAUUGUUUGAUAUGUCUUUUGAUCUACUGUUCAUUGAAUUUUUGCCACCUACUAACACAUUGAAGUUUUGGAUUCAGGGUGAGUGCCUUGACUUGUCAUUAUAUUUACCAGAAGCUGACAGCAACUACAGCAUCUCUCAACUUUUAGCUAAGUGUGCUAAAUUAACAAACAGAGAUGGAUCAAUAAAGCAAACAGCAGAAGACGACAGCAAGAAAUGGAGAAAUAUUGCCCAACCUAGUGCUAGAUGGAUAGACUGCUGGUCAGUACCAAUUCUUGCUCUCAGCAUCACAUACACCUACUAUCCUGUACCUCCCCUAUUGAAACACCACUACGAUCUCGACGUUACCACUCCGGAGAGGGAGGAAAUACUACUCUCUCCCAUCAGGCCUAGUGCAGCUCACAGUAAGCCCAACCAAAGGACACCAUCCACAGAAGAUUUUGAUCCAACAACCUUGCUUCCAGAUAUUAUUGAAGUGGAACUGGAAGUUGGACCUUCUGUUUUGUGUUUAACAGGUUCUUUGCUACGCCAUAUAUUGUUUUUAAAGGAGAACUACCUAGGAGAAUCUCAGCAAUUUCAUGAUUUUGACUUAGUGAUUGGGUUACAGCAAGAAAAACCAGAGGCCAGCACUACUGAAGGUGAUGGAGAAAUUUAUAAAAAAGAAUUUGAUACUCGUAACUAUCGUCCUUUUGAAGUCACUGUAUCCAUCACCCUUCAUGACAUUCAAGGUCAUCUGAUGAAGAACUGUACCAAAGAUGAGCCUCCUUGCCCAUCCCUCUAUCUCGAGCGUCUCGGAUUUGAAAUGCAUAAAACUUAUCGAGAGACAAAGCUACAGCUUUUGCUGUCACCUUUGGUAGUUAUUGCUACUGACAACGUACAAAGACAAGAAAGUCAACAAAAUCUGAAAGAUGGACAUUUGGCAAUGGCAGCACUUCAGGUUAGAGGCCAUGCUAUGUUUUCUGAUGUGGGACGACCUCUAGACAGUGAAACUCUAGAAUAUGCUUGGUUAGUAGAAGUUCAAGUUGGAGAUAUAACAGGCAGACUUACCCUACCUCAGCUUUACCAUAUUGUUAUGGGUAUAGAAACUUUUGUGCUUCAAUUCAAACACAUUGAUGGAGACCUUCAACCACCAACUCCAUAUCACUAUUGUCAGCAUGACCUUCUUCAGUUUCAGUGUCCAGAGUCAACACCCUCACAGCCUUGUCUGAAUCCAGAAGAUGCAAAGUACAGGAUGACCCGUUUGUCAGUGGAUGCUAUUGAAGUGUGCUUAGUUGAGUCAGGAACAGCCUUGAACUUGGAGAUUUUCCCAAUUCGACUGGCAACUUGUAACCUUCAUGGUGGACUCACUAGUUCUGGUUUGUCAGCUUUAAUUCAGCACAUCUGUGUGCGUCAAUAUGCAUUAAUUUCUUCACUCUCUGGAGGAUCAUCAUCUUCAAGUGCAGCUAGUCAGUCUCAGACUCUUCAUCCAGACAUCUGGCUUGAGGUUGGGGCUGUGAGUCUUGGACCUGUGUUUCUCGAUUCUAUUAUGUCGUCAUCUCCUGAGUACAUGAGUUGUGUACAAGACACAUUUUUGAAAAUUCAUGACCAAAAACUGAAACAUCUUUGGUUUUUAUGGCCUCCAAAGGAAGUUGUUGCUCCACAGUCAGUGGAAGGGAAAUGUGGUUGUGUUGGUGGAUGUGCUUUCUUUGGUAAAAACAGAAAUGGUCAGAUUUUCUUCCAAACUCAUAAAGCACAUAUGGAUGGUAGUGACACUGUUUUUGCUAGAUUUCACAUUUUAACCAAUGAUGAUUAUGGAUUUGGUCAAAGCCUUUUAAAUAAAGAGGAAUUUGUAUUUGACAUCUCUGAUACUUCUUCUGGAGAAACUUCUAGAAGCAGUCCUGAACCAUCAGAUAAAUGCUGCAUGUUUUUCAGUGGAUUUCGGAGCCAGACAACAUCUAAAUCUCAUGAAGGUUUUUCAAGAAGAACUGCUAAAGACACAAUCUCUAAAACAAGAAGCCAACAUGAAGACUUGCCUGAGGUGUCUAAGAAUGCUUUGUCUACUUGGAUACCAUCUUCUCUUGAUUCUAAGAGAGGAAAGCGAGGCAAUGUUAUAUCAAUGCAACCUGAUGGAGGAGCUGGACAGUGCCCAUCCAGACGAUUCAUGCGUCAGUUCAGUAGCCCUACUCGUUCCUCUUUAAUAAAAACUUCAAGCUUUCUAUCACAUGGUAGUCCAUUAUUUUUGUCUGUGCCAGGCUCGACCAGUAAUAAUGACACCUCAGACCUUCCCAUUAGCAGAAAAGGAAGCUCACACAGUGAAAGUGAAAAACAUUUCCUAGAAGACAGAGAUAAGGGUGAAAAUUCAAGUUCUAACAUAACACCCCAUAAACACAAUUCAAGAAUUUCUCUUAAUGGCUGGCCAAGUGUACAAUCAGCUGAAGAUAGGAAAAAACGAGCAAGCAGUUUCACAACCAGAGAUCGAAGUCCAAGAGUGGUCAAAAGAGCAGUUUCAACAGAUUCAGCUCAGUCCUUGGAUAUGUUUUAUUCAGCAGAUGAAGAUAGUGAAGCUUCGGGCACAACUGAUGAUACAUUAGCUGUUGACACACCACUCAUAAAGAAAAGACAUUCAACACCUUCAGGAAAUAGUGUAAAAUUAGAAAAGCUUGAGGAAAAGUGUUCAUUUCAUGGGGAGGAUGUUGGCUCAACUCGAGAAGAUAGUCACACUUUUUCAUCUAGUAGCACUCAGCAUGACUCCUCUGACUCUCACUCUGUUGUAUCAAGCUCAUCAUUCAUCUCAGCAGUGUCAUCACAAGAAGAUAUUGCUCUAGUAAACCUUCACAACCAGAUGGAUAAGCCCAUUGUAGAGUCUCCAUUACUGAUGUCAUGCUACACUGCAUACAUGACACAAUUGAAAUGCUUCAAUUGGCAAGAACCACCCCCUCUGCCACAUCUUACUCAACAGUCUGGAAUAACCGAGGCUGGCCCAAACAGACACUACCUAUUUCUACGCUCUGCAACACGCUGGAAACCAAAAUUUACUCCACUAGUGAAAGGUUUUACUGCAAUACAUAUGAUUGAUAAGAAUCGAUCUGGUCGGUAUGCAAGAAACCACUCCUUGAAUCAACAACAAAAUCAUUUUGGUACUAAAGAAGAAAAAGUCUUCUUUCCUGGAUCUCUACAUUCAAAAUUUGAAAGGAAGACUAGUAAGCGAGAAGAGAAAGAUGGUAAACAAGAAAUUCACACCAGUAGCACUACUAUGGUUGUAAAGUUGAGUGGUGACAUCAGCAUCAUGAGUUCACCCCUGCAAGCUGAAACCUUCAAAAACUUUGUCGAUGCCAUCAGCCCUACUUUGGCUGGCCUUCAUCCUUUGACUGUGUUGAAUCACUUGCAUGCUGCUUGCUCAGAUCAUGUAGAGAAACUCAACCAACUGAAAAAGGAAAAAGUGUUAUAUCUUGGACAGCUGAGAGCUGAGGCUCAGAAACAAGCUACUGACAAGUUACAAAAAGAAUCUAAGAACCCAAAAAUAUCUCUUGCUGCUAGUCCUAGUGGUUCUUUGGGUGGUAACAACUAUGAAGAAACUAAAGUAGAACGACUCCACAUUUUUAUGCAGGUUUCAGAGGUAAACAUGAGUAUAAUGCAGGCUUCUAUUGUGGAAGAAAUAAUAUCAUUCUCAGCUUUGGACAACCUGAAGGAUUUAACAUGUGUGUCACUGCUAGCAGUUCGUAUCAAUAAUCUUUUUCUACAGUUGUAUAACAGUCGUACAGCUCAGAGGAAAAUACAGACAUUUUCAGACCACACUUUGGAAUCGGUGCUUCUUCCAAAACCUAUAGAUCGCUCUCUUAAGAAAGCAAGGAGUGUCACUUUACCUGUGGAAUCACUAACCUUAGAAACCAGUGAAACCCAAGAAGUAGAAAAUAUUGUUCUCGCAUCCAUUGACUCCAUCCACAUGCAGCUACGCCGUCUGAAGAAUAAUAGUACCAUCUUGAAAGAUGCUGUGUUGACAGUGAUACCUUCUUACAUGAGUAAAGUAAGUUUCACUUUUGAGAGAAUGACUCCAACUAAUGAAGUGGAAAAUGAUGAGGACAAGGAUGAAGAUUCAUUUGACUCUGACAGAGGUCAAAGUGGUGAAGAGGAAUGGAUGGGAUUUAUAAUGUUUGAGUGCAGAUUAGAGGAUAUAAAUGUGAAAUGUGUUAAACGAGUUGGUUUUGAACCACAAGCAAUUGAAAAGAAGUACGAAAAUCAUCAGCCAAAUGACAAAAUGAAUGAUGAACCAGGGAAGUCAAUGAAAGCAGGGGAAACUUCACCAUCUAAAGACACUAGCAAGUCAAACCCCUCUAGUGGCUCAUGUGAUACCCGAUUCAGCUUUCCAUCAUGUGUUUCAGAGUGUGGCAGCUCUUCAAGCAGCAGUGACAGCAGGAAGGAGCUGAAUCUUCCUGAAUUGAUAGGUGAUGCAUCUUCUUUCAUUGUGGAACUGAAAUCAGUUUUAUUCAACUUUGCUGCCCCUCCUCGUAUGCCCAAUACACGGAAAAUAGACUUUACUAGACUUGAUUGGCACUUGUUGAGUACUGCCACACCUUCCAUCAACUCGUGGCUAAAACCAUGUGAUCGUCUGUUGAUUUCUCUUCGAAAACUGGACAGACAAAGAAAACAGAGGGCAUGUGCUAUAAUGGGCUGCUUGAUGGCUGAAGCUUUAGAAAUGCAGAGCAUACACAUGCCUGUAAAGAGCAAGUAUUUGGUAACCAAAACAACUCCCUUGGCCAAGACUUUACAAGAAGACCCAUCCUGUCAACUUGUGCUUGUCCUAAAACGAUACCUGAGUCAAGUAAACCUAGAUGAGGUGGAAGAAAAUUUGUCUCCCUUACACAUUCCCCAGUUAAAAGCACUGUUCCAUGGACUAAUGGCUCUUAGUCGACAAUGGAAGAAUAUCUUGUAUGUACCGCUCCUGCUAGAACAGAACAUUAGGUUUCGGAAGAGUUUACGACCUAUGAGUGUUUCUUUUGCAUUUCCUCCUGGUGAAAGAGUAAACAUAUCCACACAGGAUGAUGUAGAAAAAACUUCUUUAGAAGAAUGUGAAAUUUCUGAUGAGACUACUAACUUAUUAGUAGCAGAAGGUGGUUCUAUUCCUCGAGGAUUUUCUUCAAAAAAUGGUGUGAAAGCAGAAUCUUCCAGGGCUGAUGCAUUGAAAGUGUUUUCCAGUCCAGAAUCUGGAACGGACUCUAGCAGCAGCCAACAUGAUGCUGUAGACCCACAAGAUGGUGGCACAGUGACAAAAAGUGGAAAGAAACGGCUCCCAAGUUAUGUACCCAGAUCUUCAAGGGCUAGUGUUGCCUUCCCUUUACUAGGUGGCCCAUUGGAUUCUCCAGCACGUUAUGCAGGCAAUGCUCCUACUGUCAGCAGACUUGGUGGGUUAUUCAUGCAUCCAUCCCACAUGAAAAGAAAUGAAAGUCACCACAGUCUGAAAUCUGCCACUUGGAGCUUAUCAAGCAUGGAACCAAACUUCCCCACAUCAACCAUUGACACACCCAGAAGAGGCAUGAUGGAAAAAGAGGAAAAUUUUAGUGAUGAAGACCUGUAUAAAUGGAUGGCCCGUCAACAAGACUACAUGCGAGGAGGCCUGUCUAGCUAUCGAUAUCGAUAUAAUGACCCGAAUGAUCAAGAAUCAAAAAUGAAUACACUGACAUCAGAAAAUAGUGGUGAUCUUGAUACAUCAUCAUUGUUUCCUCAGGUGGCUUUUGCUCCUUUGGGAACACAGUUAGCAGAUGCUCAUGUGAUUUUCCAGGUGCUGUUAGACAAAUUAGGAGUUCCAAUACAGGCUGGUAGUCCUUCUAUAUCAAAGUUUGUUGGUCCUAGAGCUUCUAUUUCUGGAGGGAUUUCUUUGCUUAAAAUUGAUAUUGUGGAAUCUGAAUAUCAGAACAAUGCUCGCCACAAAAAGAAGUCACCAUUUUCUCAUUCUUCUGCAUCUCAUGGAAAGUUCUUCAUUGACACUAGUAUGGACACUCCAGCCUUCAUCUGUGACAGGUUUUCUGUUGAGAUGGACAUUAAAGAUGUUCGAGAUUUUGAACAAGGAGAAAAAGGACCAGAGCAAAAUGGCAAAGUAACAGCUCUUGUCUUUACACAGGAAGGAUUGCCCAACACAACAUGUGUGAUCAACUUCAACAUUAAUGUUAAUUAUGUUGCUCAGCAGGUAAAUAUGCCCCUGCUAAGACUACUGCACCAGUUUUCUACGAUGUAUGAAAACAUCAAAGAAACACGAUCAGAAUUACAUGCCAUAAGACCUGGUUCUCUGAAAGAGAAAGAAAGUCCAAGAGGUCUUCAAAAAAAGAGUUCUCCAUCAUCAGAUAGCCAAACAGAAACUUUCCAUCCACACUCACCACGUGGCACCAGUGUUUCAAAACCUUCCACUCCAACACCAACUCCUACGAAGUCUUCUGCAGUAGGAACCAGUUUUUCUGUAGGCAUUAAACGUCCUCAUUCCCUAUCACAAAGACUAAGAGCUAGCACUAAGGGUUACACCAAUCUUCAAGAGCUCACUGUAAAGGAUGAUAGACCUUCCAGUCCAUUGAGCAUCACACCCAGUGAAUCUGUGGCUAUAGACAUCCCAGACUCAUGCUCAGUUCCUCUUUCAGGACCCAAUCUGGUAACUGAUAUCAAAGAACUUCAGCCCCGCUGCUGGCGGACAAUGUUUUACCUACUGGACUUGUAUAAUACGAUGCCUGAAACCAAAACAGUCACUGAUAGGUAA